AUGAAACUAUUACCCUUAUGGUCGGGCAUCAUGAUUUCGAUAUUCGGUUAUGGUGAUGAUAUAUCGACUUCAGCAGCAGUUGAAUCAAGCUUUAAGAAGCUUAAAAGGGUAACAUUUAAACAUAUUUCAAUUCCAACUGAUCUUGAACAUUUUUUGGAAAAUCACAUUAAAUCGCUAAAAGGAGCUGCUUUAUUACGGUCGUCUUGCAACAAUAUAGCUAUUUCUUCAUUGCCUGAAUCAUGUGAAGCGAUUGAUGAUAGCCAUAGUUUUACUUCGUCAACAAUUAUUUCAAAUAAUAUUAAUGAAAAUGAUAAUGAUGUGUACAUUGAAAAUCGUACGAAAUCUCCUCCUUAUAAUGCCUUAUAUGUUUUACAAAGGCCAAUUAUUAAUGAUAAUAAUAAUGUAGAAUUACAUCUAGAAUCUGAUGAUAAUCUACAAAUACAAUCGUUGCAGUUUAUUAAAAUACCACCUGUUAAUUUUACGACUGAGGAAAGUAGAGCAGUUGAAAGCUGGAACCGAAAAAGCAAAAAGCAAAGAAAAAAUAACUCUUAUCUUAAUCCAAACCCGCACUUACGGCAUCUAAAUAUAAGUUCUGCAAAAAAUAAACAAACCUCACCAAUUUUGAAAAAUGGUUCAAGGUUUGCUGAAUUAAAAAGCUGCAAAUCAAGGGAAGGCAAAUUAAUUUUGAGCAAUACUUGUGCUUUUGAUGCUUCAACGGCGUUAUUGAUGGUUUUUUUCUUAUUAUUGAUAAAUAUAAAAUAUAAUAUUCAUUAG